AUGCCCCUGACGCGGCCCCGCCCUGCCGCUGUCGCGGCCCCCCCCUGCCGCCGACGCGGCCCCGCCAGGUGGCUAUCGCGGCCCCGCCCUGCCCCUGACGCGGCCCCGCCCUGCCGCCGACGCGGCCCCGCCCUGCCGCCGACGCGGCCCCGCCAGUUCCCUCUCCACUAUCUCACCCCUCCUCCACCUCUUUUCUCUCUUCAUCUGCUGCAGGUGCUGUUUCCUCCUCCUCAUGGCGACCUCUCUCGCCCUCUGCUGGUCCUUCAGCUUGCGCCCGAUGGCAGUGCAGUCAACUUCCCCAGUUGGCUGAACUGUCUUGAGCGCACGCUGUCUGGCACCCUCGUGAGUGGCUUUAACCUUUGGUUUGUCACUCAGCAGAGUGGUUCUGGUGCCAUUCCCACCUCUCCCUCUAGACCCACCUCUUCCUCCUCUGACCCCUAUGCUGAUGGCCUCCGUGCUGCCAUUGCUGAAGAUGAGCGGCUUGUGACCACGGUGCAAGCCACCGCCACGGCUGCUCCUGACAAUGCUGCUGCCCGUGAGUUAGCUCGUAUUCUUGCUGAGUCCCUCGAGAGCACCCACAAACGCCUCAAUGAGCACCUCGUUGCCCCUUCUCCUCGCUCUGCGUCUACGCCUAUUUCCUCUACUCCAUCUCACUCUGACCUUCUCGCUGACUGGCAUGUUGCCAACGCACGUGCCUAUCAGGCCAUCCUUGCCUGCCUCCCUCCAACUCUUCUCCCUCAGUGCUCGCACAUCCGCUAUGCCAAGGACCUUCUCGGCUAUCUUACCGAGCGCUUCCAGUCGCAGACUCCUAUCAGUGUCAUUGCCCUCUUACGCGAGCUCACCUCUCUUCACCUUGCUGACAUUUUCACCAAGGCCCUUCUGCGUGCGCCACACCGUUUCUACGUGCGCGAGCUUGGGCUCACGCGUCUCUCCACUUCUGGGGGUGUGCCGGUUCGCUAG